AUCCUAUAUGCAAGAAAUUGCAAUGUACACUUGAGCCCUAAAUUUCUGCUUUACUUAUACCCUUGCAACCUAUUCCUGGCUAUAAUCGCUCCUUUUUGCUCAUCCCUUUUCGCCGAGUUUUCAAAAAACAGCGCACAUGCCUACGAAAUGCUAGCCACCUACUUUUCCAGUCAUAAAAAGCUCAUCAUGUGAGCUAAUGAAGCACUUGGAAAAGGUGAUUAACUACUUAAGUAUAUAGCAACUAACUACGGUUGUGGAGGAUGCUUCAGAGGCCUCAAUCUGUGGGUGGCUCCUUGCUCCAUGAUAACUUCUCACUGUGCUAUAAAAUAGCUUGCAGUUCAGGUCCUCUACAUGAGCCCUCAUGGGUAGGAACACUUGAAGAAAUGCUUCAGAUGAGACAGAUGGAGAGAUUGCCUGCACUGCACCUGGCAGUGGUGACCCUGCUCGGCUUCUGCUGCCUCAUCCAUGCUUCAAGGGCUGCAACUUCAUUCCCAACUGCGGCCCUGAGGGCGCAGCUGCAGGAGACCGAGGCAAUCCUGGCUUCCAGUGGAGCAGAUGAUCAGGCCGUCGUAGCGGGAGAUGUCGACCGUGGUGCUGUCAGCAGAAGGAUGGAGAUGGAGAUGGAGCUGGAGGACUACCCGGGCUCCGGCCCCAACGACCACCACUCGCCGUGGUGGCGGCAGGAGAGGAGGAAUUGAGAACAUGGAGCAAAGUUGCAUGUGUGUUCGUAGCGUUGCACAGUUCUGUAUGUUUCUCAAACUAAUAUAUCUCUAGUCCUGCUAUAACAUACACGAUCGACGCUUGUUACCUUGCAAGGGCAUUAAGAUCAUCAUAUGUACUAUAAGCACUAGCGCCGAAAAGCGCGGCCCGGCGCUCGUAAAAGUGCCCGUCGUCAAAUUAGCCGUUGCUCA